GCUGUCUGUCUUAUGCAUAGGUUCCUGUUCUAGAAGCUCAGUGACUGUUGUGUUCUUUCAAUUUCACUAUCUGGACCAGACUUAAGAUGGGCAAUACUGAUUCCAGGGGUCCAAGCCAGCACGGAAUGGCUGAUCCAGUAAACUGCUCGGUCAACAACGGCGACAGCUCUCUCUCCUACGACAGAAGUGCCGGUCCGCUGAGGGACUACAGGAAGGGUGACUUUUCCUUUGACGUGGUGGAUGCCGAUGGAGAUCCAUGGAUGUCGGGUCUGAAGUCUGCAAGGUGAAGGUCAAAAAGCGCAGCGAUAUUGAUCUGAAAGACUACUUCCACUAGAUAUUCAUAUUAUACCGAUGGCUAUACUGACGAUUGUGGGAGAAAGGGCCGAGUCUCAUUUUGGUGAUUUGGUAUAUCUUUGUUUUUAAUGUUUGGAAUCUUAUAUAUAUGUGAGGCAUCGUGGUGAAACUAGUCAAAAUAAUGCAAUCGAUGGUA